UGAUUCUCAGAUGCCGGUGACGUCGCGGGUGUGCUUUGUGAAGUUCCAGGAGCCCGAGUCCGUCGGAGUGUCUCAACACUUGACCAACACCGUGUUUGUGGACCGAGCGUUGAUUGUGGUCCCGUUUGCAGAAGGUUUGUCACGUCAUUAUUUCCACGUUAUGACUGGUACUUGUUGAUUGAAAUGGCAUGAAUAUUGAAAAUGUAAAAGAGUAAAAUUCAAAAGCAUUCCAUCUGGGCUUUCCCCGUUAGUGAAUUGCACUCACCCGUGUCUGUUUAUAUGAGCUUUUUAAAGAUAAUUAAAGUGUAUUGUUUAUUCCAUUCCUUCCCAUUGUCUAUGAAGAGUUCUUCAACAGACCUCUAUUGUCAGAUUUCGGUAUACUGUGGUAGCCCAUCCCACGUCUGUUUUACCACCACAAUGCAAUUCUGUGAAUAAACUUGUAUUUAUUUCUUUGGGCAAAUGCAUACUUUGUGUCAUGCACGUGUCUCUGCCUAAACAAGCAUUUGCUCUCUAUGUAGAAAAUGCAGUAUACCGAAAUCUACCUGACAGAUAUUUACAGAUUAGGAGUUGAACAGUGCCAAGCAGUCGGCGCCGCAGUGAAGUGAAGUUGUUUAAACUCUUAAUCAUGUGCAUUUUAUUUUCUCCCCCCAUAUUGGACUAUCCUAUGUUAAACUUCUCUCUGUUAUUUGUGUGUGUGUGUGUAUGUGUGUGUGUGUGAUUUUUGUAGUGAAGAAGGCAAAAGCAGCCCCCUCGUUGAUGGCUGAAAGUGGUCCUCUGCCUGCCAACAGGGGAUUGUAGACAUUUGCAAAGGCCAGCAAGCAUUCAAGUCCCACCCGCUGUUUUUGUGUCCUCUAUUCUUUCUCUGCCUUCUCUUUCCCCUUCCUUCUGUCCAAUUAAUUUUUUCUAGGUGGUUUAGUCGAAGGUAUGAGGGUCAGAUAGCAGGGACGUAGCCUGAAGCAGUGCUCAUUUUUGCAUUGUUUUUGCAACACUUUUUGAGUGCUGCUUUGGCCUUUUCACGGCGGAAGCAUUGUUCCUUAACGGAGAAGGCCAGUUUGAUUCUAUCCCAUGGAGGGACUAAAAGACCAUCAUUGACUCACACCGCUGCACUGUGUUAGGAUGAGCGCGGGCAUUGUUGGUUAUUUUCAGUCAACUCCACUGACAACACCCAGCUUAAGUAGCAGCACACACCAAAUGAGUCCGCCAGAGGAAAUAUUCCCCAAUAAUUGCAAUUUUUACUCCUAUGUGAGAAACCUUUAUUUAUUUUUUUGUAACUCACUAAGAUUUAAAUUAUACAUUUGUGACCGGUUAUUAAAUAUUUCAGUGGUUGCAAAUUCGAUUUUGGCUGAGAGUCGACAGUUAUUAUACAACUGUUACAACCUUAUCUUUUUCAAUGUAAUAUGUAGGUCAACUGUUGGGUGUGGAGGAAACUUUAAAAAAAUCAAAUUGUCAUUGAGGGUUUGUUCUUAAACGUCAAUACAAAGACACUGGGUGUUAAUAACUGCUUCAUCAGACAAUGUCCAAGCCGCUGACACACACUUAACCAAAUAUUAGCAGCUAAUUUAGUCUCUUAGCCACGCAACACUAGUCUAUGAUUGGUUGUUUUCUUUUAAUAGCCAGGUUGUCUAAGAUGCCCACCCAACAUGACACUGUGUUGGUAUAAAAUAUAUUCUCUUUAACAGUGGUCUUCUUUUGUUGUUGUGUUUUACAGUUCUUUUUCCUGGCUCAGCCAGUCCUGUAUACCAGGCCCUGCUGAAAAUACCAUCCAACCGUUUUGUCUCCUGCAGCAAUUUCUCUCUUCAGUGUGCACUUGUAUUUUUUUGUUGUCAUUAUUGUGUCCGUAAUCCGUCAUGUCUUUUUGUGAAAGAGUUGUUUUGGGGGUGGAUUUCAUUGUGAGAGAUGAUGAUGAUGAUGAUGAUGAUGAUGAUGAUAAGGUGUUUUAUUUGUCAUUUUUGGCAUUUAAAAAAAAAAACUGUCUGGCAAAAUGCAGAUCAAGAUUAUGCCAUUGUCUUUUAAUUGGAGUGGUAGCCACGUUGUAGCCAGUGGCAGACUGAUCAAACCAGUCAUGCUCUGCCUAAGUUUGGUUAAUUGAAGCAGUGUCAGGUAAGGAAAGUAGAAUAACCAUGUACAGCAGACACGCUACCCACCCUGAAUUCUGCUAUUGUCAUUUAGUACAUACCACUAUAUGCUCUGACAUUUGUGUUUUUGGUAAGUAAACACUGAUAGCUUGUAUAGUGUUCUUGCCAAAUCCCUAAAAUUCUCUCUGUUGUUUGUAUCUCGAUUUUUCUCUGUGUGCUUUUAGUAGCGAAGCCGCCAGCGUGAGUCGCUUGUUUCAGUAAACGUCUUAAUGAAAAAUGACGGCUCACCCAACUGGAGAAGCAGCUGUGCUUGCUAACGUUUGGUUCAUGACUUAAAAAACACUUUCAGGAUCUAUUCCCGAUGAGGCUAAAGCUUUGUCACUGUUGGCGCCAGCAAACGCUGUUGCAGGAAUUCUGCCAGGAGGAGGACUUCUUCCAACGCCAAACCCCAUGUCCAACCCCGGGAUGGGAGGAAACCCUUUCGGUGUCCCCAACAUGGACGCAAUGGCGGCAUUUGGAUUCCCGGGAGCCAAUAUGAAUCCACAGGCGGCUGACCAGCUGUUAAAGUUCAUGACCGAUCCAAAACUGAAUCCUUUGGCUGCAGGCUUGAACCUGAGUGCGAGUCUGAAGGCGGACGCUUCUAAUAAAGAAAUCGAGGAGGCCAUGAAGAGAGUCCGAGAGGCCCAGUCGCUCAUAUCUGCUGCCAUUGAACCUGGAAAUAAGGAAAGCAAGAAGAAGCGCUCCCGUAGUAGGUCCAGGUCCAGGAGGAGGAGGUCCAGAUCCCGUUCCAGACACAGGCGAACCAGGAGCAGAUCAAGGCGUCGAUCGAUCUCCAGAAACAAGAGGCGCUCCAAAAGCCCUCGCAGGAGACACGCCGACACCAGAGACCAAAGCAAGCGAUCGCCAAGCAGAUCCAGAGACAGAAAGAAAGACGACUCGGGCAGAAGAAGGUCCAAAACGCCACCCAAAAGCUACAGCACGACCAGGAGGUCUCACAGCGUGGACCGAAGACGCAGGAAAAGUCGAAGCCAUACCCGAACUCCUCCCAAAAAGAGGUCUCCAUCUCCUCGAAGACACAAGAAGGAAAAGAAAAGGGACAAGGAGAGGGACAAGGAACGCAAGGGGGACAAAGACCGCAGUCGAGACGAACGCGAGCGCUCCGUCAGCAAGAAAAAGAAGAGCAAGGACAAAGAACGAGAGCGAGAGCGUGAACGGGAGCGGGAGAGGGAGAGGAAGUCCGACGGAGAGAAAGGAGACGUGAAGGUCACCAGAGAUUAUGAUGAGGAAGAACAAGGCUAUGACAGCGCCAAGGAGAGGGAGGACAGGAAGGAUUCUGACGACUCUGCUUUGUCUCCUCAGUCUGUAGAAGGUAACGGCACGUCGCGGCCUGCGAAGCAGGCCAAAGUUAACGGCGCCGACGAUCACCACGAAGAGGACAUGGACGUCAGCGAUUAGGUGUCCCGUCCUCCUCUGUCCCUCGCUUUUUGGUUGUAAACCUGUUGCGGCUAACGCCACCCUUCCUUCCUUCCUUCCUCCCUUCGGGGGAAAACCUCGAAUGUGAAGUGUGCGUCAAAUGUAAUAGAUUUUUUUCCUCACAGAAGAGUCGUCACAUUGCUUUAAAGUACCCGCACGCUCUCUGCCUCUACGGACGUAGUCGGUUAAAACUGGAAGUAGGCUUUGCUUUCCUUGAGCUUGUGUUGUCAGGUUGUGUCACUUUUUCACAUAUUGUAUCUUUUACAUUUUUUGUUUAGUGUCGUGGUGUGUUGUUCAGGCCUCUUUCCCCCCCCCCCCCCCCCCCCCCCCUUCUCGGAACAGUUAAAUGCAUUUGUUAUUAGAAAGUGUUUGUUUUAUCAAGGAUUUCUUUUAUAAUAAAGCCUAUUUGGGAGAACCAA